AUGAGUGAAUGGUGGGCAACAAUUGGACAGCCUUUUGCCGAGGCACUGCUGAGUCUGGAUAUUGCCAAGAUCAAGGCGGCUUUUGUCAAGACUCCAAGCUCUUAUUACAAGUACAUUCGAUCCAUUUACGAGCGCAGCCCAGAACACGUGAUUAUUGAGACGUUUCUUAUCGUCUUUGUCAUUUACAUCACUUUCUUUAAACGUGACAAGCCCAAAAGCACGGCUCCCAAGCUCUCGGAGCGCGAGAUUGACGACUUGUGUGAGGAAUGGACUCCUGAUCCUAUUAUUCCGCCCAAUGACGUUAUGGAAACAUACAAGUCCAAGCCCAUUGGUGUCGUGGAGGCCACACCCGAUACGCACAUAAAGCUACAGGGCUUUGCCAAGCCUUUGCUGAAUUUGGCUACCUUUGACUUUCUCGGUCUGGGCUCACGCCCAGAGCUCAAGGAAGUCGCUAUUAAGACACUCACCAAGUACGGUUGUGGCUCCUGUGGACCUCGUGGCUUCUACGGAACAAUCGACGCACACGAGAUCCUGGAGAAGGAUAUAGCACAGAUGAUGGGAACGACCGACUCGAUUACUUUUUCAGACACGGAAGCCACGACAUCAUCGGUACUGCCGGCCUUUGCUAAGCGUGGUGACCUCAUUGUCAUGGAUGAAGGGUGCAAUGACUCGAUCCUGGUGGGCGCCAAUUUGGCACGUUGCACAGUGCACUACUACAAGCACAACAAUCUGGAAGACCUGGAGCGCGUGCUCAAGAAUGUGCGUGACGAGGACAAGAGGAAGAAUCGCGGCUCAGACUGCCAGCGUCGUUACGUUGUGACGGAAGCGCUAUUCCGCAACCACGGUGACAUGGUUGACUUGCCCAAGGUGGUUGAAAUGUGCAAUAAGUACUUUUUUCGCCUUUUCUUGGACGAGAGCUUUUCUUUUGGUGUGUUGGGCAAAUCAGGCCGUGGACUUACGGAGCAUUAUGGCAUGGACGUGUCGGAGGUGGCCAUCAUCUGCAGCUCCCUCGCUGGUUCUACCGCGAGUGUAGGUGGUUUCAGCACGGGCUCACAAGAAGUUGUCGACUACCAGCGGAUUAACAGCGCUGGCUAUGUGUUUUCUGCCUCGGCUCCACCGUUUACAUCUGCUUGUUGCUCCGAGGCUAUCCGACUUAUGAAGAACGAGCCAGAGCUUUUCACCAAGCUACGUGACAAUGCCAAACUCGCGCACAAUGCUCUGUCAACGGGCGUGCAGGGUGUCUACAGCGUCUCUAAGGCUACUGUCUCUCCGAUUCUACAUUUGCGUCUGCUGCCUGAGGUUGUGGCCCGUGUUGGCAGCGAGGAGAACCAGCGCUCUCUGCAGCGCAAGGUGUGCGACUCAGUCAUGCAAAAGUGCCUUGCCAAGGGCGUGGCAAUCUGCUCGCCUCGUUACAAAACCCGUCAGACGCACGAGCCCCUGCCGAGUCUACGCGUGUCAGUGACUGCCAUUCACUCGCAUACGGAUCUGAAUGCCGCGUGCAAGGUCAUCAUCAAGGAGGCAAUGGCCACGGCCAAGGAAGUACUUGCUACCUUCCCUGUGGACGCCACUCCGACUAGUAAACUGCGACAGCGCAAGCAAUAA